AUGGAACUUCAUUCAACAUCAUCUACGACUAAUCUUCAUAAGUUUUACGAUAAUCAAACUGAUCAAGUAUUGUCCCAUCUUUCAUCUCCCGUAAAACAUUCUGAUAGCUCAAAGAAAAAACUGUGUAUAAACUUGAGUUCAUUUGGAAGCUGUGAAGCACGAUUGGGCCAAUUAAAAGAAGAACUUACCAAACUAGCCGACCUACCCUGGACUAAAGAUGAAAGAAAAAUAUCAGCUUUGGAAGAGGAGAUUGCUUUGUUAGAUGGAUAUGUCAAUAACCCGAAUAAUCGACGACUCGUUGAGCAAAAAAUAAAAAAGAUAAAAAGAAGGAGAGCUUCUUGCAAGAGAAAUCGUAUCAAACUCAGGCUACAAAAGGAACAGCUUCAAUCAGCAUUGCUACAAAAGAAUUUGGAAAUUGAUCAAUGGCUUCAAUUCAAAUGGGCAGAGGACGAAAGAAAUAGAGAAGCAGAUAGUUUUAAGCGCGAGUUAAAAUUAGCUCGUCGUUUGAUUAAGAAAGAUAUUGUCUCAAUCAAAGGCUACCUUGAUAAAUUGAAGCUCAUGGAGAAAAUGCGUGUAAUUUUGAGCAGUAGCUCAUCUUGUCCAGAAUCAGAUAGUUUAAAUUUUAAUGCUACUGUUUGUGACCUUCGUGAAAAACUGCUAACCAUGAUAAACACAAAAAACGAUGAAAUUGAAAAAAUACGUGUUCUUAUUGAUCAUACUGAUAUGGUACUUAAACAACCAGGAAGACAGGAAUUAUACUCAUCAAACACAAAUUUAUCGAAUAUACUGUUUGGUGAAACUGAAGCUAACUCAGAUGAUCAAUACUUUAAAUAUAUCAACCAAGGCAAUUCUUCAAUCAAUGAUUUUCAUCGAGUAAGAUCACAGUGGGACUUGUAUAUCAAUGAUGAUGGGUCAUCUAUUCCUCAAAAAUGUCAUAUUCGUUUUUUGACGACCUUUUAA